CACACAUUCUGCCGAUUAAAUAUUAGAUAGAUUAGUCUUCAAAUAGUUAGGAUACACGCCAGCUAGCCAGGCUGCCACAACCUGAGAACAAUUUUCUUGAUUCAGGUUCGUCUCUCCGCUCGUCGACGCCACCUUUCGCAAUCGGUUGUUAUGGUUUUUGGAUAAAUCCCAAAUAAAAUAAUUUUAAAAAAAGAUACUGUUAUAUAUAAAAUUGAAUUUUGAAGCUCUACUACGGUUUGUUGGUUCAUCAUCAAAUCUUCCGAGGGAGGAGAGGCUGUCUGUCUGUCUGUUUGUCUUCAUCAUCAUCAUCAUCAACACAGGAUUUUUGUGUUUCCCCACGAAUAUAUCAGUUUGCGGGUAAUACUCAAUGUUUUCAGAAUUGGCUGCAAAUGUUUGCUUCAUGUCGGCCCUUAAACCUCAGUGAUGGAUGCAAGACAAAUUACUUUUCUUCAAUCAGUUGUUUCUUUCAACAAUUCUUGUGCCAGAAUCAGCGAAGAAGACUUCACAAGGAGAGCAUCAUCAUAUUCUAACUAUACUUAAAAGAGAACGUUCAUUGGCAUCUUUUUUCUAUGGGAGAGUGGGUAAUUGGAGCUUUUAUCAAUCUCUUUGGCAGCAUUGCCAUCAAUUUUGGGACCAACCUUCUCAAAUUAGGUCAUGAUGAGAGAGAAAGGCAUUCUGUGCUAGGCGGUGACAGUACAAAUGGAAAGAUUGUAACGAAACCCAUCAUACACUUCCAGACUUGGAGAAUUGGUAUUCUAUUUUUUGCUCUUGGAAAUUGUCUUAAUUUCAUUUCCUUUGGAUAUGCUGCUCAGUCACUUCUUGCAGCCCUGGGAUCUAUUCAAUUUGUGUCCAACAUUGCAUUUGCAUACUUUGUUUUGAAUAAAACAGUGACUGUCAAAGUAAUGGUUGCCACAGCUUUUAUUGUCCUUGGAAACACUUUUCUUGUUGCUUUCGGGAACCACCAGUCGCCUGUUUACACACCAGAGCAGUUGGCAGAAAAGUAUAGCAACAUUACAUUCCUCUUUUACUGUCUCAUUUUGGUCUUGGUUGUUGCCUUUCAUCACUCUGUGUACAGGAGGGGAGAAGUACUUCUUGCAAUACCUGGAUAUGACCUUAAGCCCUACUGGCAAAUGCUACUUCCUUUUUCCUAUGCCAUUGUAUCUGGUGCUGUAGGAUCAUGCUCGGUGUUGUUUGCAAAAUCCCUCUCUAACCUGCUAAGAUUGUCCAUGUCUGGUGGCUAUCAGUUGCAUAGCUGGUUCACAUACUCCAUGUUUACAUGAAUAAGUCAAUUUUUUUUCUUCAUAUUUCUACAAUGUACGAGUUUGUGGAUGGCAAGGUUGAAUGAAGGAUUAUCACUCUUCGAUGCAAUACUUAUUGUUCCUAUGUUUCAGAUUGCUUGGACUUUCUUCUCCAUUUGUACAGGAUUUGUAUACUUUCAGGAAUAUCAGGUAUUUGGUGCUCUAAGGACAACAAUGUUCAUAUUAGGAAUGAUUUCUGUAUUCAUAGGCAUUUCUUUGCUGGCACCAGACGAGGCAAAAGGAGGUGAAGUCAAGGAUAGCGCUUUAGUUUCUGUGGCAUCUUCAAGCCUUUCAACUGAAGUAGACAGGCUGGUUGUGCUACCUGAAGAUACCCAAAUUAAAGACAUGAGAUCACUUGUGAGAGCAAUGGUGAUGAAGGCUGCCAAUAUGGUAGUCAAGGCAAAGGCUGCUUGCUCAUUAUCCAUAGGUUUGGGAGAAGACACAAUUCAUGCAUCUUCAGUUCUUGUGAUGCCCAUGGUUUCUUCCAAGAUAAACGGUUUUAGAGGAAGUAGUUUUGAUCGGGCUAAGUUUUCGAACACGAGAAGAUAUGGUUGGAGUAAUAUCUCAGGGGAGGAUGAAGAAGGUAUGAAAAUGCUGGAGACGACUGCAAUCCAUGAAGUCGCCCAUAGCAAUUUGCAAUUGCCAUUGCCAACACCAAUGGGGUCAUCACCAAGAUCGCUAGAUCUGAGAGUGAUGUAUUGCAAAGAUCUGAAAGCAUUCAAUUUCUUCCAGAAGCUCUCAGUUUAUGCUGUCGUCUCUCUCGUCAGCGACAAUCCCAGCAUGAUGAAGCAGCUGCAGCAGCAGCAGCAAAGAACGCCCACAGAUACCGAAGGAGAUGGAAAUCCCGAGUGGAAUCACCAGAUGCGAUUCAAUCUCGGACUUGGAGGUGAUUAUGAUGGUGAUGAUGAUGAUUAUCACCUGAUCAAAAAAAAUCAUCACCACCUCUUUCUUCAUUUUGAUAUGCGGUCUGAAUUAGUCAUGUUUGGAGACAAAUCUGUUGGAGAAGUUCGAGUUCCGCUCAAGGAUGUGAUUAAUAGAGAAGAAGAAGAGGAAGAAGAAGUAGAGUCCUCCAAUGGAAUUAUCCGCUUUGUGAGUUAUGAGGUCCGUACUUCUGAUGGGAAACCUAAUGGGGUCCUCAAUUUCUCUUACAAGGUACUGAACGAAUGUAAUGGUAGUAGUUCCCCCGAGAAGAAGAAGAAGAAUGCCCACAUUGACAGUUAUCCUAUUCUUAAUCAUAUCAACCACCACCACAGUCACAAUCACAAUCACAAUCAUUUUCAUUACCCAUCGUUGCUGCCGGAUGACUACUUGCAAAUUCCCUCAGGCUCAGGCUCAGGUCAGUCUCAGGAAUCUUACUACUCGGCCACAGCUGUGGACGCUCCUCCUCCUCAUCGAGUUCACUAUCCCUCCUUGGAAAUACCAUAUCCACCACCACC